AUGAUAUUGCGCGAGAUCCUGGAUAUCUCUCUUGCUGGCCGAGCUCCAAAGCAGGAUCCCACACUUUUCGCGUUGGCACUGUGUGCUCGAUAUCAGGUGGGCUAUUCGUUAUCAUUUUCUGUUGACUGUCACUUCCUACUGACUAUUCCAAGAUUCGAGGAUUUUUGCUUUUUUGGGAAGCCAGUUUUAAAAAGACAGGGAUUAAUGAUAUUGCGCGAGAUCCUGGAUAUCUCUCUUGCUGGCCGAGCUCCAAAGCAGGAUCCCACACUUUUCGCGUUGGCACUGUGUGCUCGAUAUCAGGUUCGUGAUACAAGUAAAGAAAAAUCUACGCCAAAAAGUGGUGGGGAUCAGAGUGAUAAAGCGAAGCAACGGAAGCCAGACCAGCCUAAAUACAGGGAGCUGAAGAAGCCGCUGGACAAGACGUAUCAGAAAUCGUUGCAACAGCUUGCCCUCUUUGCCGUUUGCCGUAUUCCGACCCACCUUUUCAUGUUUAUUAAAUACUGCAAAAUGAUCUCGGGUGAAACCGGGCUUAAAGUUGAAAGCAAAGGAUGGGGACGUGCAUUACGUGCCACUGUUUGCCGUUGGUAG